AUGCUUUCAACCGACAGCAAGGCUUUCAACCGACAGCAAGGCUUUCAACCAACUUCUCUGACGGUCAUCUGCCAAACUGGGAAACUGAGACACAAAGAAGUUAACAAGAGCCAGCAAGGGACAGGACCUGGAGUGCAGCUCAGAGGGUCUAACUCCAGAACCAGCACCACUAACUCAGGCACAAAGCUGCAGUUGCAGAGGGUGCUCUGUGGUCAGUGGCGGUCCUCGAGUGCCCCAGUCAGCUCGGCUGAGCCCAAACACUCCCAUCUCUGCAUCUAGGGGCUCUCUUCUUCCCCCAUCCAUCACCAGGGCCCAGUGAUCAUGCCUGUCGAUGCCCAGCUCUCGCUUGAUGUCUCAGUUCCGGAACAGAGAUGCUCCAGCUGCUACCUGGGAAGGCUCUGGCCCCAAAAAUAUUUAGUUAGCAGCCAUUCAGUUAAGUGGAAUUGACUUUUUAUCGGCUUUCCUCUGUACGGCUGCCACCAGCGAAGGCUGUUUCCUUCUUCCCUCUUCUCUGCCUGUCA